AUGACCGACAAACUUCCCCCCAACUUGCUCGCGCUCUUCGCACCGCGUCCACCGCUGCGUUAUCUCCCCCAUUGUGACCAUGAGCCAGCCAAGCGCCGCACAAUGCCCAUCUCCGGCGUCGCCGCGUUCCUCGAAGAAUUCCGGAAGCCAGAUCUCGACUAUGUCCCUACAGAGAGUUGGCUGCAGAAACGCGAUCGUUUGCAGCUCGAAAAGAAAGAGCGUCAGGAGAAGAAGAUCCAAGAGGGACUGGAAACCUACAAGCCUGAAAGCGAUGCUCAAAUUCGUGGCGACCCCUACAGAACGUUGUUCGUGUCCCGGCUGAGCUACGAGGUGAAAGAACCGGAUCUUGAGCGAGAGUUCGGGCGCUUCGGACCAAUUGAAAGGAUCCGUAUUGUACGCGACAAGACGACCAAUAAACAUAGAGGAUAUGCAUUCAUCGUCUACGAGCGAGAAAAGGAUAUGAAGGCCGCAUACAAGGAAACAGAUGGAAUCCGCAUUAAAGACCGCCGCGUUCUCGUCGACGUUGAACGUGGCCGUACCGUGAAGGGCUGGAAACCAAGGCGUCUCGGCGGAGGCUUGGGAGGCCGUGGCUACACUAAGGCCCCUAUAGCUCGUCCUGCUGGACCUGUCGGCGGCUUCGGAGGCGACCGCUUCGGUGGUGGAGACCGUGGUGGCCGUGGUGGUGGCUUCAGAGGGGGCUUCCGUGGUGGUCGCGGCGGAGGCUUCACCGGAGGAAACAGGUUCGAACAAGGUGGUGGAGGGGGAGGAGGCCGUGGCCCCCGAGGCGGUAUCGGAUACCAAGGUGGGGGUAGCUUCGGUGGAGGAGACAGGAACGCUUUCGCAGCAUCUGGAGAAGGUAUGCCCAAUGCACCCACUGGACCUGGUGGCCGCCGUGGAGGCGGAGGCGGGUACCAGGGUGGUGGCGGAUUCGGUGGUGGCGGUGGUGGCGGCGGCUUCCAAGGCGGCGACGGUGGCCGAGGCGGGUAUGAUCGCGGCGAGCGCGGUGACCGCGGCGGCGACCGCGGCGGAUUCGGUGGGUAUGGUGGUGACCGUGACGGUGGUGAUCGUGGCGACCGUGGUGAUCGUGGUGACCGCGGUGAUCGCGGCGAUCGUGGAGACCGUGGUGACAGAGGUGGAGGAAGGUAUGGCGGACACCAGAGAGACGACAGAGAGGAACACGGCGGAUACCAACGGAAACGGCCUCAUGAUGACAGCGCUCACGGCGGCGGUGGUGACCGUCACCGACGAAGGUAUUAG